AUGGCCUCCAUCAUCGCCCGCCGAGCCGCCAUUUCCGGCCGGGCUUUCUCCACCACCACCCGCCGCUUCGCCCAGCAGGCCGACCCGGCCCUCAAGGAGGAGACGAAGCGCAACCCCGAGUUGGCGAUUCUGGGAGGAGUCAUGGUCUUCGCUCUGGGUGGUGCCGGUCUUUACUUUGGCAGCACCCCGACCUCGUCGACGUCCGAAAACGAGGUGGGCAUGGCCAAGUCGGGCAUGCCGUGGGAGACGGGCUCGACCGAGGGCAAGUACCGAUACCACCCGGGUGGUGACAACCAGGCCGCUCCCAAGGACGCCCCCAGCGCCGUCAAUGUCGUUGUCGUCCCCGACGUCAACCUGCCCAAGCAUUUGCACGAGAAGUACAACAAAUGGGGCAAGGACGGCUACUAG